AGGUAUACGAGAGUGUGCGAAAACCAAAACAAAUGUUGUUGCCUUCUGAUGUAUCCAUUGCCAUAGCCAGCCAACCAUUAACAUCGUCGCUGUUGUAAUCGUCCGUAGGGGUCGGUCGUUUUGCGUAUCUUAGACAAGCGAACGAGUGUGUGAGCGAACGAGCGAGCGAGUCAGGGAGUGAUUGAGUGUAUGUGUGCGCGCCAUUCGUGCCUGAUUGUUGUGGAUUUCUCAUGUACCCUUUUGCAGGGAAUGCAAUUUUUCAGUUUAUAGAAAAACACCGAAGAGUUACGAACGUCGUAGCUCCUCGAGAAGCUCUAGCUUGCGGGCAAUCCAAAGAAAAAAAUUGUUUUCAUACAUAGCAAAUAUUUGGUGCACAUUUUCCCAAGUGGAAAUAGUUAAAAGGAUAAAGAAGAGGAAGCAGCAAGAAAAUAUCUAUAAAUGUUGAGCAUGAAAAACAUGAUUUAAAGUGUGAAUUUUUUAAAGAAAAUUGUUUGUUAAACGUAACAACAAAUAACAGUUGUAGCAACAGCUGAUAAACAUAAAUACAUACAUACCUAUUCGAUUUAAAUAAUAUAGAAGUGCUUUAAGUAGUGCAAACGCAAUUGCCCCUGCCGUGUUUUCUUAAUUUUUAACUGCUUUAAAGUGCUUAGUAAAAAUCCUAUAAAAAUUGGAGGAAAUCCCAAUUACAGACAAACCUUACAAAAGGAAACCAUGUCAACGUUACCAUUCCUCCUCAGCGUAGCCGAUGAGCUGGACAACAUCAACUCACAGUCGUACAUGGACGAUUUCGGGUUGGGUUUCCAUCCCCAUCGCCAGUACUACAGGACUCCGACCAUCCAGCUUUCUCUACCGGCUGGAACCGAAUGGAUGCAGCCCGAGGGAAGGCAUCACUCACGCUACAGAUCCGCCUUCCGCUAUGGCAUGGAGACGCAGAAUAAUCUCACCUCGCCGGCCGAGAACGACGAAGAGGACAACGAGGAACAGUACGAGAGUUCGCACAAGGAUAGCCGUGACAAUGACAAAGCCGGACAGGCCACAACGUCCUCGGCCCAAAAGUUCGUAUCGGCCUUGAAUUCGAAUCGUCCCGAUGCCAGCGACAGCAUUGACAACUCAAUGCAGCUGUUCAAUUUGUCGAAGAAAUGCGGUAAAAACUAUUACCGUCAUCCGGAGCCUUGCACUUCAUCAGCAUCGUUAGCCACACCACCGCCCCUGCCGCCACGUAGUGCCACAGCGACAUCAGCCGCUGCUGCCGCCGCCGCUGCUGCUGCUGCAGCCACCACAUCGACCAAGGAAAAGCCCAGUAUGAGCUAUCGCCUGCACAGCAAAUGCCUGGAGGGCACCAAUUCAUCAUCGGAGGAAAGUUUGCAGAAAGUCACCUCGUCCAUAGAGUUUUUGACGUGUUUCUUGUUGAAGAAAUCGCGUGUCAGCAAACCCUCAACAGCCGGGUCGGCCGAGGCUAAGAAAUCUUAGGACAACGAUAAUACACCGACAAAAUCAACGCUAGUGUCGAAACGACGUAGUCAUUGUUUUUAAAAUUAAAGCAAAAAAGCAAGGCAUGGAAAACAACUCCCCACGUAACGCAAAACACACACACACACCCCAAACUCCUAAAACACACAUACACACACACAGAGACUCGACACUCUAGGACACAAAGCAAGUAGAGCAGCCACAGCAACAAAUAUUCAAAGAAUAAUAUUCUAAAAUUUAAGUGCAUAGCAAAACAAAGCAACAACAACAAAAUGAAAUAUAAACCAAAGUGUAGUAACUCAACUUAACCAAAAAAAAGUAAAACUAAAACAACAGCAACAACAACUUAACAUAGUAGUAAGUAGCAAAUUAAACCAACAACAAAGUUUAAUAGCAAAACAAAGUAAAAGAAAAAAAACAAAAUAAGAAACCAUAAAUAGAAGAUUGAAAACAACAACAACAAAAACAAACAAGUUUACAUACAUACAAACAUACAUAAAUAAAUAUGUAGUGUAUCCUUUGUCCUUCCUUCCUUUCUUUACUUUCAUUAUUUCUGUAUUAACCGAAUAUGUGUUCUUUGCAAGGAAACUUUAAUUGAGUCCUUUGUCCUUCAUGCUUUGUUCUCCUACAUUUAAGUUUCGUCCCCAAAAUUGAAAUUGUUUCGGCACUCACAAACACACUCACAUAUAUGUGAAAGUAUUAUUAAAUUCCGAAAAAUUGUAUUUCCGUGUUGUAUUUCUGACAAUGAUUCGAAGAGAUUGAGGAUGAAAAGUUUCUAUGCGUGGAAUUGAAUCCUUCGAUUUAAUUGGUAAGAAAUUUUCCAUUAGUCAUUCAAGACAACGCAAUAUUGAUCCGAAUCGGUCAUGGAAGUCAUUAAGAAAAUUGUUCAAUGCGAAUUAGAGAUUACAUUAGGAAAGAAUUGAGUUAAUGGAAGGCGAAGUAAACGGAAAGCCGUCUUUAUACCGAAGUGUUUUCCAAACUAACGUUUUGUUUGUAGAAAUGGUGAUGCC